AUGGUCCGGCACCUGGGCAAUUUGACACAACUGAGAACCCUGAGAAUAACCAGAGUAAGAGGCAUGCAUUCAGUGGAGCUGUGUUCCUCCAUAUCAAAGAUGAGCCGCCUGGUCAGCCUGGACAUUGUAGCCAGCGACGAAGGAGAAGCGCUGCAGCUGGAAGCUCUAAAGCCACCAUCAUACCUCUAUGAGAAGCUCGAUCUACGAGGGCAGCUAGAAGGUGGGGCGCUUCCUCACUGGUUCAGUUCUCUGUCAGGCCUUCGGCAUUUGGGAUUGUCUUGGUCUAGGUUGAGAGAAGACCCGCUACCUUGCCUGCAUGCACUGCCCAACUUGGCUGUUCUAGGCAUGUACAUGGCCUACGACGGACAGGAGUUGUGCUUCAAUGCAGGAGGGUUCCCUAAACUCAAAUUCCUAAUGCUGGGUGGUUCGAACCAGCUCGAUUCAAUAAGCAUGGAGGAAGGGGCAUUGCCAAGCCUGUCUGAGUUGUGCCUGCUGCGCUGCGGAGGAGUUAAGCUGCUACCUCAGGGCGUUGAACAUCUAACAAGCCUCCAAGUUUUGUUCUUGAUGGAGAUGCCACUGGAAUUCAUAGAGAGAAUGCGUGGAGGGAAUGGGAACACGGAGGAGCGACAGAAGGUUCAACACAUCCCCCUAAUCAAGCAUGUAUUCAAGAGAGGAGACAGGUGGACAUCAGAAACUCUUUCCUGA